CGCAGAAUGGAAGAUAAUAGUCCAACAAAAGAGCAGACAAAAGUUGCAAAUUUGGAAGAUGCACAAGAGGAGAAAAUCGCCAUUUUAGAUUUUGGUGCUCAAUAUGGAAAGUUAAUCGAUAGACGUGUUCGUGAAUGUAAUGUUUAUAGUUCUAUUUUGCCUUUUGACACUAAAAUGGAACAAUUGUUGCGGGAUAAGUACAGUGCAAUUAUUAUAAGUGGUGGACCAAAUUCUGUAUAUGUUGAUAAUGCUCCUUUGUAUGAUGCUGCUAUAUUUAAUGGGCAACUUCCUGUACUUGGAAUCUGUUACGGGUUUCAGAUUGACCCUCAAUCAGAAAUCUUUAACGGCCUUCAAGCCGAUCAAAAUGUUCUUUUGACACAUGGAGAUGGAGUAACAAAAGAUUCAAUUCCACCUAAUGGAUUUCGUAUAAUUGCAAUGAGUGGGGAAUUUGUUGCGGGUAUUGAACAAGUGGAAAAGCGUAUUUUUGGCCUUCAAUUCCAUCCAGAAGUGGACUUGACUGAAAACGGAACUUUAAUUCUUUCAAAUUUUCUUCGCCGCGUUUGCCGAUUGACUUGUCGUUACACUUUUUUAAAUCGAGAGCAUAAAUGUAUAGAAUUAAUUAGACAAACUGUUGGUGAUAAACAUGUUUUGGUACUUUGUUCUGGAGGUGUGGAUUCAACUGUUUGUGCUGCUUUGUGUAUAAAAGCUUUGGGCUUUGAAAAAGUGCAUGCAAUCCAUAUUGAUAAUGGCUUUAUGCGUUAUAAUGAAUCUUCCGCUAUCAUUACAUCUUUAAGCGCAAUUGGACUAGUCGUUAAUCGUUUUGAUUUUUUAACUGAAUUCUUGAAUGCCAGGAUAAUUGAUAAAGGAGUAGAAACGCUACCAUUAAAAUUUGUUACUUGCCCGGAACAUAAACGUAAAAUUAUUGGUGAUACUUUUAUUCGUUGUAAAGAUGCUGCGAUUGAGCAACUCAAGUUGGACAAUGACCUUUAUUUGGUUCAAGGAACAUUACGACCAGAUUUAAUUGAAAGUGCGUCACAAAUUGCUAGCGGUUGUGCUAAUGUUAUUAAAACUCAUCAUAACGAUAGUGCACUUGUAAGAGAACUUCGAGAUUUGGGAAAGGUUGUUGAGCCAUUACAAGAUUUUCAUAAAGAUGAAGUUCGAGAACUUGGACGAACUCUUGGAUUGCCUGAGGCUAUAGUUGCUCGCCAUCCAUUUCCUGGUCCGGGUUUGGCUAUUCGAAUUCUUUGUGCUGAAUGUGAAAAUUUUGAUGCAACACAAAAUCAGCUUCGUUCAAUUGUUUCAAAUUUUAGUCCAAAUUUUGAUUGCAUUUUGCUUCCUAUUAGAGCUGUUGGUGUACAAGGUGAUCGACGUUCUUAUUCUUAUGUUGCUGCUUUGACCUUUUGUAAAAAGGAUGAACCUAUUCCUUGGGAUAAAAUUCAUUAUUUGGCUAAAAUACUUCCAAAUGAAGUAAAAAAUGUAAAUAGGGUUGUUUUUGUAUUUCAUGAAACAACUACUAAUUUAAUUAAAGAUAUUACUGUUACACAUAUAAAUGAAGCAACAAUUGAGAUUAUUCAAAAAGCUGACAAAAUUGUCUAUCAAACAUUGCGCGGGUUGGAUUCUUUAGACAACCCAAAUCCUUUACUUAAAGAUUCUCUCAAAUGUAUAGAACAGAUGCCAGUAGUUCUAGUCCCAAUUCAUUUUAAUCGCUUUUAUACUUUGCCUCAAGUUUUCCCAAGUACAAAACGUUCAAUUGUUUUACGCCCUUUUCUUACUCGUGAUUUUAUGACUGGAGAGCCAGCAAUACCAGGAAAGGAUAUUCCCUUUGAGAGCGUAUCCAAGGGGGCUAGAGCCCUCCCUCCGGAACCGACCCCCUGGUUUUUAUUAGUUGGUUUUUAUCAUUAUUUUCAGACAAUUAUGGAAAUGGUUAGACGUAUUGAAGCAGAAAUGCCAACAACAAUUUCUCGGGUUAUGAUUGACAUGACGGCGAAACCUCCCGGUACUACAGAAUGGGAAUAA